ACUUCGAUUACUCCCUAUACAAUUAUUUCAAAUCUAGCCGCAAAAGUAUUGUAAAUAUGUCUGGGAUGAUAAUUGUAAAAUUUUCUAUUUUGUAACGUUUCGGUUCUCAUAUUGUACAAAAAUAAGAAUCUGACUUCAUGGUUUUAAUAUGGCUCGCAUAAAUACGAUGUGCGAACGUUAAAAAGUGAAGAUAGUGAAAUGAGAAACACAAAGGAUAGGCCUAAGGGAAAUAUUUUUGUGUUACAUUGGACUUUUUCUAGAUAUAUCCAUUCAUAUCAUCUUUAAUUGAGGCGGGUCAACGACAUACAAAUGAAAAUAGGUGAACUUAAUGUUAAUUUCAACCUUAAAGAAUAUGAAGUACACAAAAGAUUUACUGUACACAGUGUGGUGUCUGAGCAAUACACAAAUCAAUACUAAGGUUGUUUGUUGAUGGAUUUAUAAGUAAGAUAAACGAAAAUGAUGGAAGAAGAUAAGAUAGAGCGACUGAGAGAAAGAAUUCUCCAGUGUCCAAUUUGUAUGGACGAAUACAACGACCCAAGGAUCCUACCAUGCCAUCAUUCUGUUUGUUUUCAGUGCCUACAAGAUUUCGUUCGGCACUCUUCAUCUUCUGGUCGGCUAUUUAGGUGUCCACAAUGCCGGUCAGAUAUAUGUGUUCCGAGGGGAGGAAUCAAAGAUUUCCCGCCAAACUUUUAUGUCAACUGUAUACAGGAUGAACUUGGUUCUAAACCUUACUUUAGUACGUGUAACGUGUGUGAACGUGAUUGGUUGGUUUCUCAGUACAGAUGUGUGGAUUGUGAUAUCGAUAUAUGUAAAUUCUGUAUCCACGAACACAAACUGUUCAAACAUGAUCCCUCCAAAACUCUCAAUAUCAUGCGUAUUGAAACUGGAAACAUGGGCACGGGCAUGUCUUCUCAAAAACAGUGCACUGAACAUUCGGAACAUAUUCUGAGUAUGUUUUGCUCCAGUUGUAACAUUGCUGUCUGUAUAGAUUGUAUCCUUCAGUCACACAAAUCACAUGAUACAUGUACACUGGGUAAAAAACUAGAACAUGCAAGAGAGUUCCUACAAAAAGAAAUGGACUCUCUGAACACGUCUGUUCGAUCAGUGAAGAAUACAGUCGAGGAGUUGGACAAGUUGUCGACAGACAUUAAAGAUAACACCACACACUGCAUUAAGGAUGUUCGGAAACAAGCACGGGACUUAACAAACACAAUAGACCAAAUCGCUGAACAACAAGUGAAAGUUAUGACAACGAUCGAACUUGAAAAUUUAAUGCCCAUUAAUAACUAUAAGAAAUCUUUGAAUGACUUUACGGACAAGGCUCAUUCUGUUUGUCGGUUUUUAGAGGAUCUACAGGAGGACGAUAUGAGUUUGGAACUUCUCGAGUGUUACGCUCAGUACAAAAAAAAUGUAGAUGCAAUACGAGAAUCAAUUCAUAAUAAGAAUAUCUCUGUUAAAAAGUUCACGUUCAAUCCUGGUAAAUUAUAUUCCUGGAAGGAUAUUAAUGUUUUCAGAUUCGGAAGAACAAAAACAGAACCAAACGAAAAAAUGUUCUUGCAUGUGCCUUCGGAACCGAGAAGAACAAUUCGUGGCACAUUAAAGUCCAUAUUUUCUAUACAAAACAUUAUUCUAGUCUUAGUGCCAACAUUUAUGCUGAUAACAAUAAGUAGAAUAUGUGCCUUAAUGUCCGACGAAACAGACAACUUUCCAGACGCAAUCUGUGGCUUAUUUUUAUUUCUAUAUAUAUCACUUUCUGCUGCUGUCUCUUAUGUUAAAGGAUAAUUAAGACCAUCAAACUGGUGCAAGAAAUCUAUUGUCUUUGAGGUUCUCUAAUGAGGUUUUAAACAAAUUUAAUUUAAUGUGUUCCAUUUAUAAGAGCUAACUCUACAUUACAUAUAUUUGUUUACAUGUCAAAUGCAUUUAUAUUUAAACUUAUAUGCCUUGAUGAAAGGACAUAUGCAAUUACCUGUUGAUAAUAUACAUGUACAGUAAUGCAUAAUUUGUCUUACCACCAAGAGUUUCCCCCAUGUAUAAUAAUUGAUAUGUGUUUUUGCUUAUGCCAGUUUGGGAUUGACACAUCUUUGAGUUAUAUAAAAACUUUCGUUCCCGAGCUGGUUAAUAACACACAAUGUUCACUGGUAUAGCUAUAUUACCCAUUGUUGUCUCUGAAUUGAUAGAAGCAGUUAUAUAUUUCUUCAAAGCUUUAGGGUCCAAUAGGGCUUGGUGAAUAUCGUUUUUUCACUAAACAAGUUUGUGUUAAGAAAAACUAUUCAAUUUUACAAUACCUUAUAUAGACUACGCAGAUUGUUAUUUAUAUUUGUGGGCAUUUAUCGUAUGUUGGGCUUUCAUGCUAAAUUCUAUUUAAAAUAUAUUUACAUACACAUGACAUAUGUGACUCUGGUGUUUUAUUAAUCUUUUGUGCUUCCGAGGGUGCUGUCAAAUACCCAAACAUUUUUCUGCGAAAGAGUCCAGGGUCAUAUUAAUUAAGAAGACACAUGUUUCAAAUAUAUGCCCUUUUGAAGAGCAAACCUAAACGAAAGGUAAAACUUAAAGAGAGCCUCACAUUUCGUCCAAUAUUCUCAGUAGAUGCUGAUAAUUUUCGUUUUAUACAUACAUUUGCAACUGCGUUUGCUAUUUAUUUCUUUGCAAGAAUAAAAUGACUGAAUGAAUAUAUUAAAUGGCUUUACUUUACCAUAUUUACGUA